AUGACCAUGAUGAGUAUGUCUAUCCCGGCAGGUUUCUUAACUGGAGUGCUACAACGUCAUUCGAGGAAGUAUUCCCUGCCAGUUGAUCAUCUAACCUUCAGGUAUUUCGUCCUCUCAGAAGAAUAUUACGACGUCUAUGAUGGAAGUAAAGUUGCGUUUGAUGAUUCCAGAUUCAAUGCGAUAAAGAAACGCUUCGGAGCUCUCACGUUUGAGACGCUGUCGAACGCCGAGAACGAAGCUGCAGUGGUCGAUGAUCUAAUAAAUGAAGUUUCUUUUAAUGAUGGCGUCAUCAUCAGUGGACUCUUUUCUGAUGGUUUCAGAUGGGAUGACUCACAACAAUGCAUGAAUGACUGCCUACCUGGUGUGAUGAACAACAGCAUGCCGCUCAUCUUGAUGCAGCCAAUGAUGGACUGGAACAGCCCGCAAACUUGUACAACGCCCCCCUCUACAAAACGCCCCUACGUGCCGGCGUCCUAUCUACCACAGAUGUACAAAACAGCGUCAUUAACCAUCAUACACACUGUGGCUGGUGGCUCUCUUGCGAUGAGAGCUUCAGCUAUCAUACAAGCACAACGGUCGAAAUUUUUUAGCACGUCACUCAACGAACUUCGUGAUCAGUGUACUGCUGGACACGAGGCAAACGAAGGAUUAUUGGAUUUGCAAGGGUGCAGCUCUCCUCUGCCAACUCAAUGAUUGAAAUUUUAUUACAUUUUUGGGAAUUUAUUCAUUUUUGAAAAUUUAUUUGAUUUAAUUAGAAUUAUUUUACAUUAUUUAUGCUUUUAUUGUUUGUUUUUUCGCGUCAUUAGACUUUUAUCCAUAGAAAUGUUCUUUCAAAGUUUCAGCACUUCAUUAAGACUUAUUCAAGUUUUCAUCUUUGAUUCACCGUUUAUAUUUGAAAGUAUUUAAGGAU